UUCAAAGGGGGGAAUCCCCUGUACGAAUAAUGUAUAUAUAUAGGUAUAACGGUAUGACUCACAAUCAAAACCCAACGCUGUAAGUUCCAUGUCAUCGCUCUAGAGGUCUACAUAUAAACACUGCCAAAUCGUGUAUAGGUCAUAACACAGAAACAUAGGCACAGAAGUAGACGGACACCCCACGGAAAUUAACAACAUUAUCAUGGAAAAUCACGACUAUCUAUUUAAGUAUCUGUUGAUAGGGGACUCGGGUGUAGGAAAAUCUUCCUUGUUACUCCGGUUCGCGGAUGACGUAUUCUCGGACACUUACAUCUCUACUAUUGGAGUAGACUUCAAAAUCCGAACGGUGAAAAUUGAGGACAAAACAGUACGAUUGCAAAUAUGGGACACAGCAGGACAAGAUCGCUUCAAAACCAUUACGUCAUCUUUCUAUCGCGGAGCUCAUGGUAUUAUGCUGGUCUAUGACGUCACUGAUAUGGAAUCAUUCCGGCACGUGGAGACUUGGAUUCAAGAGGUUGAAAAAUACGGAGGUUGUGACAGUUCCAUGAUUCUUGUGGGGAACAAAUCGGACAUGACAGGCAAACGGGUAGUGACAUACACCAUGGGCAAGGAAUAUGCUGAAAGACUAGGUAUCACGUUCUUGGAAACCAGUGCCAAAAGUACUACCAACGUUGAAACGUUAUUCUUGUCACUGACAUCCGAAGUCAAAAGCAAAGUUGUCGAGGGCAAAUUAAAUACUACUGGUGGCGGUACAGUGAUUGUCCGCAACAGUUCGCCGGUCAACAAGAAAUCGUCCUGGUUAUGUUGCUGAAGACAUGGAAACAGGAGUUAACUAUAACGGGUCAUACAUAUAAUUAGAGGCUACUUGUCACAACCCACCUGAUUCUGUAUUAAUACAGAUAGUGCCUUUAUAUAAGUGGUGCCAAAAUGAGCCGAUUGACUUUGAAGUUACUAGGGCACACAUUUCUUCAUAUGACAUCAACAUGUUGUAAUUGACAAUGUUCACGUGAUUUUUAAAAGGAAAAAUAGUUCAAUUAUGUUAUAAAGAAUCCCCAACUUGUAGACAAGAUAAUGAACCUCGGUCGAUAUUACUUAAUCUGUUAUCACAUACUGCAGAUAUUUAAGGCGGAUUGUACAUCAGUGUAGAGUGCAUGCUAAGAAUCGACAUCAGUUUCAAUCCAAGUUACUGGUAAUGACAUUCGGAGAUGCUGCUCUCAAUUAUAGCGAUCAAAUUAUAAAAAAAUUGUUGGGAUGAAAAUGAGGUACAUAUACUAUAUUUAGAGAAUCGAUAUCAGUUCUAUAUACAAGUCACUGAUAAUGACAUUCGUCAAUACUUUAUUGUACAUCAUUAUCUUUUUCAAUGUGAUAGAGAUAUGAUCAUACUCGGAAUCGACACCAGUUUCAAUCCAAGUUACUGGUAAUGACAUUCGGAGAUGCUGCGAUCAAAAUAUAAAAAAUCUGUUGGGAUGAAAAUGAGGUACAUAUACUAUGUUUAGAGAAUCGACAUCAGUUCUAUAUACAGGUCACUGAUAAUGACAUUCGUCAAUUCUGUACUGUACAUUGUUAUCUUAACAUUAUGUGAUAGAGAUAUUAUCAUACUCGGAUUCGACACCAGUUUCAAUCCAAGAGACUGAUAAUGACAUUCGGAGAUGCUGCCCACGAAUAGGAGCUCAAGAAUCUUCAGCAUGGAAACGAGAUAAAUAUAUAUACAUACACAGUAUAUAUAUUUUACAGAGAUAUUCAACAUCAGUCAGUGGUAAUGAUAUUUAGUGUAUAAUAAAUGUAUAAAAAUAUAUGUACAGUAUAUUAAAGAUGUAAAUUUAACAUUUGUACAGAAGUAAAAUGGAUUUUUAGCAAAGUUGUUCAGAACAAAGGUGUUUAGCACUCUAAUUACAUUUGAUAUACAUUAUAUAUGUUAGUACACGAGUAAUGCUGAUUGAUAUUUAAUAAUUAUCUAAUCAAACACCGAUAGAUAUUUACACUACUCAUGUGAUAUUUUAAACAAAGAAGUGUUAGCAUAAUUUACCAUACUGCAAUUUUACAAAACACUAAGUUUUCUAGUAAAAUAAUUUUUGCAUAAAUUCUUGGUAGCCACAUGGUACUAUCUUAAUGUAUUUGCCAAAAAUUAACGCAGGGCAUUUGUCCUCGUUUAGUAGUUUCUGAAUACAUUUCUAUGAGGUAUUAAAUCUUAUAAUCAAUGUACUCGUGUGAUCGCUUCUUGUCAUGAAAUGACACAAAAAUACAGGUGGUCUUAAUAGAGAGACUUCGCUGUAGUUAUUACGCGAAACUUAUGAUGUAGAUUAUUUGCUUAUCCAAAUGUUAACUAUUUUUGUAUGUUUUGAUAAAUUGUUAUCCAUCGAUUUGAUCACAAGAAUAUGAUGGGUUUUUUUUUUAAAUGUUUAUACUUUUGUAAUUAUACCAUUGUUAUAAUAAAAUGUUGCACAAAACUUGAUGCU